UAGAUGAAUCUUCUUGUUUUGUUCCUUAGAUGAAUCUACUUGGUUUGUUGCGGAUUUUGGUGUGGAAUUGCGAUUUUUAAGAUCUACUUGACGUGAUUAUUCAUUCGAUUGGUUUUAUGCGGUUGAUAUUGUUUGUUUCAUGAAUUCAACUUAUUUUUCCUUUAUCUCAUAUAUGUCAUUUCAUGUUUUUAGGGAUGGAUAAUUUACCUGUUAUAAACUUAUGAUUCGAAUGAAUUUCUGGUAUAACUUGUUAAUUUUUGUUUGUUUGUUUCAUGGAGCUAAUUGAUAAGAAAAUUUGUGUUACAAUUUGUAGAUACGCAUAUUUGCGUUCACUUGUUCUUGUUUAAUUUCAUCAGAUCAAUUUUUCAAGUGUUGUGGCUGGGAAUCAGGGAUGAAUGACCUGUCAUCCCCGGGCCCAGGGUGGCCGCCCCUCCUGCCCUGGCUCAGGGACGGGCCUGUUUGUCACUAUUGAGGCCUAAUGUGCUGGGCAUUGUAAGCUCAAAAACCUUUACAAAGCAGUCAUAAUGCGUUAAUGCGGCCGAGAUCUAAUAUUAUGUUAUACUUCUAUAUGGUCCGACUAUGUUCCAUAUAAUGAUGGAAAAUCUGUGGCAAAGGCAAUGAAAAUUUUAACAGGGUUGAACCCGUAUUAUCUGUGGCUGUCAAUAAUCAAAAAUUAAACUAGUGAAAUUUAAAGUCUUCCAUAGAUUUCUAUAGUUCACUUAUGUAGAAAUUAUCAUAAUAUUCUAACAUUAAUAUGGUUUCCAAACAGAGUUCAGUUUCACUUGUUUUAUUAUGAAGGAUUCCAAGUUCUCUUUUAUUGGACAAACUCUACGUAAAAGAAAAGAGAAAAAAUGCAGGAGCUUGCUAUUUUGGAGAAAGAUAUUUUGUAAAUCUAAUUUUUGAGACUUUUUUUCUAUUUGCAGAUCUAGCUUUUCUGGACUACACUGACUGCAACACUAUUAGAUCUGCUUGAAUUGUUGAGUGUGGAAGUUUAGAUACUGAUUUUAUUCUAUCUUUAGAGAAGAGAUGGAUCAAACAUUUCUGGUGAUGUUAUCGAAUCUGCUUCACUUGCAAAACCACUUGGACCCCACCUCUUCUCUCUUCUCCUCUGAUGCCGCCUCCUUCUCAAGCUCUUCAACCACCUCCCUUUCCUCCCUCCUCACCUCCUCCACUGCAGCCCCUCUUCUCUUCUUCACAAUUGCCUCAGUCCUUUCCUUUGUUGCUGCCUCUCGUCCAUCCUCUUCUUCCUCUCCUUCUUCCUCCUCCCGCUCUCCAUCUCGCUCUCGCUCCUCUUCCCCUUCUGACCACUCCCUCUCUGCCUUCCGAGCCCUCUCCACUGAGCUUAUCUGGUCCAUGGACCCUCCUGUCCGUGAUGCGCAGUGGCGUUCGUCCUAUGGCCUCUCCUAUCCUGUCUUCACUACUGUUGUUGAUAAGCUCAAGCCCCAUAUAGCCCAGUCCAAUCUCUCCCUUCCCCCUGAUUAUGCUGUUGCCAUGGUUCUCUCCCGCUUGUGUCAUGGCCUUUCUGCUAAAACUCUUGCCAAGCGCCACUCUCUAGACCCUUACCUUGUGUCUAAGAUCACCAACAUGGUCACUCGUCUCCUCUCUACCAAACUUUACCCUGAAUUCAUUAAGAUCCCUGCCGGCCGCCGACGCCUCCAUGAGACAACCCAGGCCUUUGAAGAGAUCACCUCCCUGCCUAAUUUGUGUGGGGCCAUUGAUUCCACCCCUGUCCGGCUCCAUCGCCUCCCUGCUGAUAUUAGUGACCCUUCAUCGUACCAUUGCCGAUAUGGGUUCCCUGCCAUUCAGCUCCAAGUGGUGGCUGACCAUAAGAAGGUCUUCUGGGAUGUUUGUGUUAAGGCUCCGGGGAGUGUUGAUGAUGCUACUCAUUUCAGGGAUAGUGUUCUCUACAACAAGCUUAUGUCCGGCGAUGUUGUCUGGGAUAAAGUUGUGAAUGUGAGGGGACAUCCUGUCAGGCCAUACAUUGUCGGCGAUUGGUGUUUCCCAUCACUCUCCUUCCUGCUGACCCCUUUCUCUGGAAAUGGUAGAGGCACCCCUGCUCAGAAUACGUUUAAUGCUGCUCUGAUGAAGGGCAGAUCAGCCACUGUGGAGGCCAUAGGGCUGCUCAAAGGUAGGUGGAAAAUUUUGCAGGAUCUCAAUGUGGGUCUCCAUCAUGCUCCUCAAACCAUUGUGGCAUGCUGCGUGUUGCAUAACCUGUGUCAGAUCGCAAGGGAACCCGAACCCGAACUCUAUAAGGAGCCAGAAGAGAGUGGGUCUCCUCCAAGAAUCUUGGAGAGUGAGAGGUCCUUUUACUAUUACGGCGAAAACUUGAGGCAACAAUUGGCUGAUGAUCUGCACCAAAGGCUGUCAUCUAGAUGAAACCUACAGCUUGUAAGAGGUAAGCUAUUGCUGUUAGAGUUGUUCUACUGGUUCUGAAAUAAGGAUGGCUUGUGAGUUUUGGAUGCUUUGGAUUAGAUAUUACUUUCUCAUAUUCUGUCCUUAUUUUCAGCAUGCCUUGUAGCUUGUAGCCUUGUAGUCUUUGAACACAUCAAAUUUUUGUACUUAAUCGCAGAUGUACUGCUUAAGAACAAAGCUGUAUGAUGUCGUUCUAAAGUGAGGCAAUAUGUGUAACAUACCUCAAAUAGCAAAAAGUUCAAGCUUUUGACCUGAAGAAUUAAAGUGGACUGUUUUUGUAUGUCAA